AUGUUUGGAGCGAGGGUAAACAAGUUUACCUCGGAGGAUAUGGCCGCCACGGCCUAUGACCUUGCCGCAUGUAAGUUUAGGGGCCAAGACGCCCAGACCAACUUUGAUAUCUUCCGAUACAGCGCGGAGUUGGAGGAUCAUACCGCGAGUCAGGAGGAGGUCGUGCAGCACCUGCGAGCGCAGAGCAAGGCCAUGAACUGCGUUGCCAAGGAUACUAAUCUCACCAUGGAGGAGUGGGAGCUGGAGAUAUCAGCCACGGUGCACCCCGACAAGGAGCACCUGGGGGUGUUUGCAGACGAGCGGGCUGCGGCGCGGGCGGUGGAUCGGUCCUGCAUCCAGAGGCUGGGACUGGGUGCCACCACCUCCUUCCCCCUGGUCGACUACCUAGAUAUGCUGGAUGGCGAGCACAUCCAAGCAGCGGUGAAGCGAGGCCUGCUCCCCCCGGUCCUCCCCACCAGCUACACCCCUCCCCCGGUGCCGACCCCCCUGCUCCAGCUGCAGCGGGCUGCCCGCGGGCCCAGCCCCACGCUGAAGAGGCUGAACACCCCCCGAGCAGGGGAGUACGACGUCAGCCCCAUCAGCCAGCCUUCCGGGGCCCAGCAAGCCCCAGCAGGCUCCAUGCAGUCCCCCAGACCCCAGGCCACGCCGGGGGAGGGGGAGGCCGACGCCCACCAAGGUGCUGAGCUGGGUGUCCAGGUGGUCCCUCGCCGGACCUCUGUGACACCCCGCAGCGUCUUUGACUUCAUGGAGUUCCAGACCAUGCUGACCGGUCCCUCCUGCGCUGGCAAGCGUCUGCAGGAGGAGGCAGACGGCUCGUGCAAGAGAGCACGAACGGAUGACCCGGAUGCAUGGAUGCAGGAGGACGCACUGGCCAUGCUGGAUCUCCAAUGA